AUGGCAUUGAGUGUUCGUGAUAUUGAACGUGCGUUCGAUUCAAUGGAUCCGUGGCGUAUGACUCCAAUGGAGCGCUACAUGAACAGAGUGUUUCGCGAGGUGGAACGACCACUGGCUGCUCUUCGUCCAUACUGGAUUGAGCAGCCGACGAUUCGUCAAGUCGAUAUCGGAAAUGCGAUCGGAAAUGUUCGUUUUUCUAUGAUGCCUUCGACUUUUAGUUGCAAUUCGUCACAUUCACUUCAGAUUUUGACCAUUUGA